AUGCCUCCACGCGGACCAAUAGGGAGGUGCGAGACCCGCCCCACCGAUUACAAGGCUGCCACGACGUGGGCGUCGUGGCCACGCGUCGCUCUAGCGGUCGAUGACGAGGACGCGGAGGAGGAGGGGGGGGAGGAGGAGGAGGAGGAGGAGGAGGAGGAGGAGGAGGAGGAGGAGGAGGAGGAGGAGGAGGAGGAGGAGGAAAGCGAUGACGAAAACGACGACCGUCCACCUCGUAGCUCUAAUCCGCGCACCUUGGACGAACGACUCAGGCGGGAACUGCAAUUCAUCGACAUACUGCUCGACCAGGACGAGGACGAGGACCAGGAGAACUUGGCGGUGCCGCGCGAACAGUGGAGAGCGGCAGACUUCGUCGAGGAGGACAUGGUUUACGCGUGCGUAGACGUGCUCGUCAUGGACGCUCUUCGCCACCUGCAAACCGUGGAGAGGAACAGCACGCUGAGGCAGUACACCUCGUGGAUCUAUCACUACAAGAGGUGGGCGGCGAAGAUGUUGAAGCAAAUUCGCAACAAGCUUCCGCAGGAGUACAGGCUUAAGCACGUCGACGAGAUAGGGCACUACAUCCGGGAGAACAAGAAGAAAAACUGGGACCAAGAGGCCGAUGUCCCCCGGUCUCACGUGUGGCUGCACGGCCCUAGGGUCACCAAGGACCGGCUUCGCGCAUACGUGAAGUACAUGAUUCGGGAGUUGAACCUCGAUGCCGAGUCCGGCAAGGGGGCCGACAACGCCACAGGAACACAGCCGGUGCAGUCGACAACGGUACACACGCUCCUCGGGCGCAUAAAGGCAUGCCAGAUGGCGGCGAGAGUGGAGGCGACGCUCUUCCGGGAGACGGAACUGAGCAUCAUGAGGGAGAUAUCGGUGGUCAGGUCGGAGGUGCGGUACAUGAUCCGCACCAAGAACGAGCGGGACAUCAAGUGA